UGUACGCGCGCGAGCGCAGGUGUAAUGAACUCCACCGGGAGGCGUAGUAAUUAGAGUUCAGGUGUGGCUAUUUUCACGACGUCGCCAAAUUGCAGCCAGUUGUGAUGUUUUUGUUCUUCUUCUACUGCUUCGUCCAGACUGAGUUAAGUUAAGUCCACUUCCGGUUAUCGCCUUCAAAAUAAAUAGCAAGCCGGUUUAUUUUAAUUGAAAACGCAACAUUUUAACCCUACAACGUUUUAGCAAGAAGAAUGCAGGCGUUUCAAUGCUAAAAUAUAAAACGAUUAUAUUAGAUUGACUUUUUUUUAGAAAUGUAACUAUCUGUGAAAUACAUAUCGUGGACCAAAAUACACAAUCUUACUGACUACACUAAUUAAAUUAUUCAAAAACAUCUGCAGAAUACGAACAAAAAACAAAAGGCUCCGAUGUAUUUCAUAUUUGAACAAAACAAAAACAUUUUUAGCGUCCUCUUUUUUUGGCCUUUGUUUUGAAGCUCAUCUCUUCAUUUCCGGUUUUCGUUUCGCCUCACGCUCGUGCAACUUGACCCGCAGCCCUUGCGAAGGAGUCUCCCCUCCCCUCUUUCUCGGUCUCUGGGAGUCCCCCCCCCUCCCUCCUCCUCCCGGCACCUCGCGCACAGGGUGACAUUUUUCGAGUGCCUCACUCAACCGGAGCCGCCGAGAAGAUGACGGACGCCGCCACACCGACAGACCCCACCGCCGUUGCGGACCCGGUGGUAGUGGACCCCAGUCCGGGAGAGGGUCUGAAGAUGGACCAGGAGAUGAAGAUCACAGACAGCGUGGAGGACGGAGGCCUCCUGGAGAGCAGCAUGCGCCUGAAGCCCCACGAGGCGCAGAGCUACCGCAAGAAGGUCCUGUGGGUGUCCUGGGUCUCCAUCGUGAUCACCACCCUCAUGGCCAUCGCCGCUUUCACCGUGUCCGUCAUGCGCCACAGCGCGUCGGCGUUCGGGUUUGCCUUCAACGCCGUGCUGGACGUGCUGUCCUCGGCCAUCGUGCUGUGGCGGUACAGAAACGCCGCCGCCGUCCACUCGGCGCACCGUGAAUACAUAGCCUGUGUGAUCCUGGGCGUGGUGUUCAUCCUGUCCUCCCUGUGCAUCAUGGGUAAGGCCAUCCACGACCUGGCCACCAAGCUGCUACCUGAAGUGGACGACUUCCUGUUCAGCGUGUCCAUCGUCAGCGGCGUGGUGUGCUGCAUCCUGGCCGUGAUCAAGUUCAUGCUCGGCAAAGUGCUCACGAGCCGCGUCCUCAUCACCGACGGCUUCAACUCGCUGGUGGGCGGAGUCAUGGGCUUCUCCAUUCUCAUCAGUGUGGAGGUGUUCAAGCACGAGCCCCAGGUGUGGUACCUGGAUGGGUCGAUCGGCGUCCUCAUGGGCCUCACCAUCCUCGCCUACGGCAUCAAGCUGCUGCUCGACAUGGUGCCGCGGGUCCGGCAAACCAGGAGCUACGAGCGCUUUGAGUGACGGGCCGCGGAGAGGACGAGGGUUUAGGCGGGGAUGGAAAGAGGCGGCCCCUCUCUCCACGGACAAUCACACGGAGGCCGCGCCAGUUCCUGCUCACAGUAUUUAUCUCGUCGUGGCAGCGUUUCAGAAACGUGACGCCGGUCCCGGACGAUAAGAAUCGUUUUGUGACCUCGCUCGGCCUCAGAAGGGAAACCAGACACGCGAUCAGUAGCUUCAGCGCCGCCUUAUUUCAUUUAUUUCUUAAAGUUGAAGUUAAGUUCAAGCGUCUUAGUAUUUUGAAAAUUGUUAUUAUAAGUUGCGCCAUCUACUGGUCAGGUGGCGUACCUGCCGCACACGUGAUGAAUAUAUUUGACUAAAACAGUUACAACUCUUAGUUUGUUGUCGUGGAUUUGAGCUCCGUCACAACGCACAACACGGACUUUAGACGAGUCAGGUUCCUUGAAGGUUUCUUGGCUUAGUCGAGUUUAGGGAUUUUAAAAAGGGAACAGGUGAUCAUCAAAUGAUCAUUUACAAAAGACAACCGUAUCCAGACUUGCUGUCGCACGGUGAGUCAGAGGCUGUUAAUCAAAGCGUCUUUGAGUCCUUUGAAAAGCGCUAUAAAAGUUGUAAUGCAAUAUUAUAAUUAUUUACUUCGCAUUAAUGUUAUUUAUGAUGUAUAGUGUUCUAUCACAGUGGAUCCCACCUGGACCGACGUCUCUUCCCAUCCCAGCUGGGCUCCUCCCUGAAGCCUGAGAUCGGUGCGUCAGCUGUCAGCCGAUUGGUCUGACGCUUCCUCCCGUCGCUGUAACCGGGUGGAUGUGUCGUCACUUUUUAUUUAUAUUUAAAGUUGUGAGAAACUUUUAGCAAAUGGAGUUCAAUUUGUGCCCGAAAUGUUGGUGAGGCGCAGAUUUCACUCCAUUUCUGCUCAGCGUCGGAAUAUAUAGACGGAAACUGUCCCGUCCCGAUGUCAAUAUCUGUGUUGCUGUGAUGUGAAACAAAUAAACAGAGUCCGAGCCUUUUGUCACAGAAAAAAGGUUUAUUUAAAAAUAAAGUUAUAUCCCUCUUACCCAUCAAGGACUGUGAAAACAAAACUAAA